GGGUCUCGCCUGCCUGCGGUGUGCGUCGGGGGUCUCGCCUGCCUGCGGUGUGCGUCGGGGGGUCUCGCCUGUUGCCGCCUGCGUCGGGGGUCUCGCCUGUUGCCACCUGCGUCGGGGGUCUCGCCUGUUGCCGCCUGCGUCGGGGGUCUCGCCUGCCGCCGGUCGGCCUCCCCGUUAUGUGCUGCUCGCUGCUUUCUGCGUAGGACCCCCUCGGCGGGGUGAUGGAGCCGCCGGACUGGGAGAUUCAGCCCCAUUCUUACCAGAAGGACCUCAAUUACCUGCAGCAAUGGUUGGAAGCUUUCGUCACCAACUUUGAGAAGAUCAUCGGCGUCCACACCCUGGAGCCCCGGCGGCCUGAGGAAUCGGCCUCCGAGAUCCCCAUCUUGCCCCGGGACGUGCUCCGAGUCCUGAGCCAGCAGCUGGGUCACUGCAGCGCGGACAUCUCCGGCCGGGAGGUGGCGGCCCCCAGCCUGCGCCAGGCGCUCCUGCUGCUCAAAUUUUUCAUCAUCAUCAGCAGAAAUUUGGAGAAUGUGGAGAAGGAGGGGACCCCGAUCUUCGUGUGCGAGGUUAUCCGCCUCCUCACCGUGUCCGCGGGGAAGUUAAAGAGCCCCGCCCCCGAGGAGCCGCCAGAGAUACACUCCUUGACGCAGACGGUAGCAGUCUAUGCCUUGCACCUGUGCGAAUGCCUGUUUGACCCUUAUCAGACAUGGAGGAGACAGCUAGGGGGGGAAAUCGUGAGCGCAAAAGAAAAAAGUAAAUACAAGUUUGCACCUGCGCAGCUGCCGCCGGAAUUCUGCACCUUUCUUCAAGAAGCUUUCCGCGAUGGCGGCCGUCUCCCCGAGCAGGUCCAGCUGCGACUCGUUCACCUGUGCGGUGCGAUCAUCGCCGGGUCUAAGCCCAACGCGCUCCUCCUCAUCACGCCGGCGUCGGUGGAGGUCCUCAUGCUGGUCCUGCGGAGCUGGUGCGCGGCCCCCGGGGGCCGGAACCUGCGCAUCCUGCAGCUGACGCUGGAGUGUCUGAUCGCAGUGAUCCACGUCCUGCACGGCAGCCCCAGCCAGCGGCGGGUCGACAUCCGCACCGUCCUCGACAGCUACUUCAAGGUCCUCAACGGCGACCGGCCGCCGGCGGCAUCGGAGUCGCACUGGGAGGAGGGUCUUCUCACCCUGCGCGUCAGCAUGCUCCGGGCCAUUCCUGAAAUGCUGAGCUGCCCCGACAGACCCGUCUUACAAGCCGUAUUCCUCAGCAACAACUGCUUUGAGCACAUCAUUCGCCUCGUUCAGAACAGUCAGCUUUACCUGGGCAGCCGCUGCCGGAGGGAUCUCGCCACUCAGCUGCUCACCGAGCUCGAUAUCGGGAAGGUGCUUGACAGCGACUCGGACUCCAUCACAGUGAACGCCAUCAGCGUCCUGACUUCCAUCAUGAGGAAUUCCCCGUCUGCCAAGGAAGUAUUCAAAGAGCGGAUCGGAUAUUCUCACCUCUUCGAAGUCCUGAAGAGCCGAUGCCGGCCCUCCAAGCGCCUCCUGCAGGAGCUCCUGAACAUGGCCGUGGAAGGCGCCCAUGACUCGGGUUCGGUCCAGGCGAUCCAGAACGAGCAGCCGCUCCUCAUGUUGGUCCAGUGGAUCCCUGAGCUGGCGCCGCGGGAUCUCCAGAUCCUGGUGUCCGAGUGGCUGAAGUUCACCUGUAACGCGUCGCUCCGGAACCGGGUCACCUGUGUCCAGGCCGGGAUGGUCGGCCAUCUCCUCGGCGCUCUCCAGAACCAGGCGGCGUUGGAUGAGAAGUGCGCGGAGAAUCUGAUUUACCUUCUGCAGGUUCUGGGCCGGCUGUCCAUCAGGCCCACCGAGCUGAAGCGCCUCGUUAAGCUGCUCAGGACCGACGGGAACUGCGCCCAUCCGUACGCCACUCGGGUCAUCCGCGCGCUGUCUGCCAUGGCCAGGAUGGACGGGCCGGAGAGGGCUCUGCAGUAUUUUGAUCUGACGCCCAGCAUGUCUGGUAUUAUGGUACCCGCCAUGCAGAGGUGGCCGGGGGCCGGCUUCGCCUUCCACGCCUGGGUUUGUCUGAAUGAAGACGUCAGGGACGAGCUGAUUACCGGACGGAAGCGCAAGCAGCUGUACAGCUUCUUCUCAGGCAGCGGCACCGGCUUCGAGGCGUUCUUCACCAUGGACGGGAUGCUCGUGGUCGCCGUCUGCACCAAGAAGGAGUACAUGACGGUGGCGCUUCCCGAGAUACACUUCAACGACGCCCUGUGGCACUGCGUGGACAUCGUUCACGUGGCCGGACGGAGGCCUUUUGGGCAGAAUAUGGUGAAUAUUUAUACCGACGGUGAGCUGAGGAAAGUGGCCCAGCUGCGCUUCCCAUCCUUAAACGAGUCCUUCACGUCCUGCUGCAUCGGCUCCGCCGGCCACCGCACGACCACCACGGUCUUCACGUCCCCGGCGCACGCCCCGGACCUCACCUUCGCCUCGCACUCCGCUCUCAGCCGCUCCCAGUCCUUCCCCGCCACGGCCGCCGGGCCCGGCUGGGGGAUCUUGGGAGGGCCGAGUCCCCGGGAAGGGCUGGUGUCCACCAUAGCGGCCGGGAGCCAAGACAUAGAGUGGGGGACGCCGACAUCGCUGGAGGGCCAUCUCGGCACCGUGUCCAUCUUUCACGACUCUCUACAGCCGGCUCAGGUGAAGGCGCUCUUUGCGGCCGGACCCAACCUGGUGUCUCCAUUCAAGCUGGACGGGGAACUCCAUGAGCUGAACACCAAACUCAUGCUCUUCUAUACCCCGCAGGCUUCAAAAAAUAACAUCUGCCUGGACCUUUCCCCGAGCCGCUCCCUCGACGGCCGCCUGACGGGACACCGGGUCGUCACCUGGGACGUGAAGGAUGUGGUCAAUUGUAUAGGGGGGAUGGGCGCGCUGCUCCCUCUGCUUCAGCAGGUGGCACAGCAGACGGUCGAAGCCUCCGGUGCCCAGGAGACGCACGACUUAGUCGGCCCGGAACUGACGUCCUCGCGAAACGCGCAGGGAAUGCAGCUUCCUCUGGGCAAAUCCUCCGAAAGCCGGUUGGAGAGAAACGGGGUGGCCGCCUUCCUGCUGAUGGUAAAAAACUUCAUCCAGAACCAUCCGGUCAACCACGAGAGUCUCCUUCAGUGCCACGGGCCGGCCAUCAUCGGAGCGCUGCUGCAGAAAGUGUCUCCGCUCACCCUGGACAUGAACGUCCUGAUGGCCUCUCAGAUGCUGAUGGACCAAAUGGCGUCCGAAGGUCCCGGCCUCCUCCUCCACCAUCUCUACCAGCAUCUUCUCUUCGACUUCCGCAUCUGGAGCAGCAGCGACUUCGCCGUCAGGCUCGGUCACAUUCAGUAUCUCUCCUCCAUCAUGAAGGAUCACAAGCAAAGGAUUCGCAAGAAAUACGGCGUUCAGUACGUCCUGGACUCGCUGCGCAGGCAUUACGGGGCUCAGAAAGAAGAGCAGAUGACGGCCGACAACGUGAAGACGGUCCAGGUGUCGCUGUUCGGCCUCGUUAAGGAUUUCCUCUCGAAGAACCCAUGCGCCGAGGACCUUCACGCCGUCCUGAACUACGCGGCGUCCGUGAGCGACGAGGAGCAGGUCUGCGGGAUCCUGGAGGUGCUUCACGGUCUGCUGAAGAGUAACGCCGGCCACGAGCAUCUCUAUGCCUUCCUCGCGGAGACCGGCAACGUGGACGUCUUCUUCUCGCUGCUGGUCCAGAAGAAAUACUCCGACCAAGUCAGAGAGAGAGUGUUCAGGGUUCUGUACAAGCUGGUGAAGAACGAGAAGGUCAGCGACCGGAUCAAACACCGCCUGAAGCUGAAGGAAAUCGGGUAUCAGGGGCUGAUCUCCUUCCUGAGCGACGUCCCGGUGACCAUGCUGCUGAUCCGCUGCCUGUCAGAGCAGGUCCUCGGUUCAGAUCCGUCGCCCAACUACAAAGACCUCCUGUCCGUGGUUUAUCUGUCGCACCGGGCAGAGCUGCCGGUCAAGCUGGACGUCUGCAGGAAGCUCUUCCACUUGAUUUAUUCCCAACACGACAUCGUGCGUCACCUGGCGAGGCAGCCCGGCUGGCAGGACAUUCUCACCAAACUCUACAUGAAGGAGUCCUACGAGUCCCGGCCGAGGAGUUUGAGCAGCCCGGUGUACGGUGGGAACUUCGGCCGGCUGAAGAGCAUGGGGGGCAGUAAAGAUGAGGAGUCUGGAGCCGGGAGGGAUGUGUCGUGCGGCCCCCGUGGGCCGGUGGAGAGUCCGGACGCGUACCCCGUGUUCCCCUCCGGCUUCGAGGCCUCCGACCAAGACCUCUCCGAAGGCUUUUCCGACCUCUCCUUGUCUCCGGCUGCCAAAGAGAAGCCGUUCCCGGCUUAUAACUACAAGUCCUUCGACUCCUCGGACCGAGCCAGCCGCUCCUCCUCCAACAUGGCCGACGUUCCCGGCUCGGAGGACGCCGGCUGCGGUGACGGGCUUCCCUUCGAUGGCGUCUACCAGCCGCUCUCCCCCUUCUCCAUGUCCCCGUUCGACCUCCAUCUGGAUCUAGGGAGCGCCAGCUCCGCGGCCACGAUAGAAAGCGGCAACCAGACCCCGGUCAGCCAGCCCGGCACGCCGUCUCCGCUCGAGACGUUCAAACCCUUCCCCGGCAUGCGUGCGCGGAAGAGCUCCAGCCUGUCCAACGUUCUCGACGAGAGCAGCUACCAAGAAACCCUGCCCAGCGACACGACCUCCAACGCCAGUAACCCCCAGCAAACCCCGGAGGAGGAACUCUGCAACCUUCUGACCAACAUCAUCUUCUCGGUGACCUGGAGAGGCGUGGAGGGCCAGGAGGACGCGGCGUGGAAGGAGCGGGGGCAAGUCUUCUCCGUGCUGACCAAGCUCGGCUCGGCUUGCGAGCUGGUGAGACCCCCCGACGAAAUCAAACGGAGCCUCCUGGAGAUGAUGCUGGAAUCGGCGUACUCCGACCUCAAGGACUCCGCGGCCUCCGCUUUGCCCGUCCUCACCCAGCAUGCGCUGAAGCUGCUGCGUCUGCUGCAGGAUUUCCUCUUCUCUGAAGGAGACAGCAAUGAAAGCCUCUGGAGCGAGAAGAUUUUCGAGGGCGUCAGUAACCUGUUAGACAAGCUGGCCGUCUGGUACCAUCUGGUGAACGGAACGUCCGACCUGAAGGAGAUGGCGCAGAUUGGCCUGAGAAUCAUCACGGGGUUCAUCAAACUAGAAGACAGACACAUGCACUCGUCGGCCUACGUGAAGCUCCACAGUCUCCUUCAGACCGUCGGCGCGCUGAAGAAGGACGAGGCCUGUUUCCUGCUGGGGAAGCUCGAAGCUCCUCUGAUGUCCUCUCUGGAGGCCAAGACGGAGACGUUCUCCUGGCUCGUGCCCGUCAUGCGCACGCUGAUGGACCGAUGCUUCGACUCCCUGGAGCUUCAGCAGCACCUGCCCUCCCUGCCGCCAACCAACGGCAGCCCGACCUUCUACGAGGACUUCCAGCGGUUCCUCGACACCCCGGAGUGGAGGUCCUUCAUCGACAAGCACGUCCUGCCGACGAUGGAACAAUUCGAGAAGGAGAUAUUCGGGAAGAGUCACGAUCAGAUGUCGUCCUUCUGGAACUCCUGCUACGACGCGCUGAUGAGCAGCUCCCUGAGGAGGGAGAGCGAGAAGGGGGAGAGCAGGACCAAGUUUCAGGAUCUGGUGCUGGAGCCGGUGUUGAGAAGAGUCCGGGCUGAGAAUUUGCGCUAUAACAGUGCCUUGAAGCAGAUCGGCAGCCAUCAUAACGCGGUCCUGAGACAGUGGAAGUGUCUGCAGCGCCUGCUGACCUGCCCCCGAGGGGCCUGGGCUGACCGAAACCCCGCGGAGGUGAAGUGGAAGUUGUCCAGCGCAGAAACCUACUCCAGGAUGAGGCUGAAGCUGGUUCCGAAUUACGUGUUUGACGCUCAUGCGGAAGCCAGCGCUCUGCGAGAUAAUCUCGGGACCGAGCAUACGCAGAAUAUGGCCGACGCUUUCCCCCUCGCCGUGGCCAGGGAAGCAAAAGUCAACGAGCUGGAGGACGACCAGCUGGGGGACGAGGAUCUGAUGUUCUUGCAGAACUCGUACCACACGGAGUCCGAGGAGCAGAGCCAGCGGGAGAAGCUGGUGAUCUCGGAGGACUGCGAGUUGAUCACUAUAGUAGCCGUGAUCCCCGGCCGGCUGGAGGUCACCACGCAGCACGUCUACUUCUACGACCUGAGCACCGAGAAGGAGGAGACGGACGAAGGGAUCGGUUAUGACUUCAAGCGCCCGCUCUCCCAGCUGCGCGAGGUCCACCUGCGGCGAUACAACCUGCGCAGGUCGGCCUUGGAGUUCUUCUUCAUCGAUCAGGCAAAUUACUUCGUCAACUUCAAGAAAAAGGUCCGGAAUAAGGUGUACUCCCGAAUUCUCGGCUUGCACCCCCCCAGCCAGUCUCUGUACGGAAGCCGCUCCCCCCAGGAGCUCCUGCAAGACUCCGGAUUAACCCAGAAAUGGGUGUUCAGAGAAAUUUCCAACUUCGAGUAUCUCAUGCAGCUGAACACCAUAGCGGGGAGGACUUACAACGACCUGUCGCAGUACCCUGUGUUCCCGUGGAUCUUGCGCGAUUACGUCUCCGAGACGCUGGACCUGAAUAACCACGAGGUUUUCCGCGAUCUUUCCAAGCCCAUCGGAGUGGUGAACGAGAGACACGCCAGGGAGGUGAAGGAGAAGUACGAGAGCUUUGAGGACCCCACGGGCACCGUGGACAAAUUUCAUUACGGCACCCACUACUCCAACGCGGCCGGCGUCAUGCAUUACAUGAUCCGCACGGAGCCCUUCACCACCCUGCACAUCCAGCUGCAGAGCGGCCGGUUUGACUGCUCGGACCGGCAGUUUCAUUCCAUACCGGCCGCCUGGCAGGCACGCAUGGAGAACCCCGUGGAUGUGAAAGAGUUAAUACCAGAAUUCUUCUAUUUCCCGGAGUUUCUGGAGAAUGCGAACGGCUUCGAUCUGGGCUGCCUGCAGAUGUCCAAUGGGAAGGUGGCCGACGUGGUUUUGCCGAGAUGGGCCUCGUCGCGGGAGGACUUCGUCUACAAGCACAGGAAAGCGCUGGAAUCGGAGUUCGUCUCGGCUCAUCUGCACGAGUGGAUAGAUUUAAUAUUCGGCUGCAAGCAGAGGGGCCCGGCGGCCGUCGAGGCGCUCAACGUCUUUUAUUACUGCACCUACGAGGGAGUAGUGGAUCUGGACGCCAUCGCGGAUGAAACGGAGAGGAAGGCGUUGGAGGGAAUCAUCAGUAAUUUUGGGCAGACCCCCUGCCAACUUCUCAAGGAGCCGCAUCCGGCGCGUUUGACCGCAGAGCACGCGUCGCGCAGGCUGUCCCGGUUGGACACUUUUUCACCCAACGUGUUUGAGAAUCUCACGGAGCUGAAAUCGUUCUUUGCGGAGGGUAUGAUGGAGGGGGUCCCUCUGGUGCUGGCGACUGUCCCCAAAAAUCAAGCCCACUCGUUCAUGACCCAGGGGUCUCCGGAUGUGCUGGUCACUGUCAGUGCAAACGGACUCCUGGGAUCCCACGGCUGGCUGUCUUACGACAGGAACAUCUCCAACUACUUCAGCUUCACCAAAGACCCCACUGUCUCCAACGUCAAGACUCAGCGGUUCCUUUCCGGCCCGUUUGCCCUCGGCGCCGAGCUGUCUUCCAGAACCUUGGUUGUGUCUCACGACGCGAAGUUGCUGUUCAGCGGUGGGCAUUGGGAUAACAGCCUCCGCGUCACGUCUCUGAGCAGAGGGAAGGUCGUCGGUCACAUCACCCGGCACAUCGAUGUCGUGACGUGUCUGGCUUUGGACCUCUGUGGCAUCUACCUCAUGUCUGGCUCGCGGGACACGACCUGCAUGGUGUGGCAGGUUCUCCAGCAGGGAGGGAUUUCUUGGAAUCUGUCCCCGAAUCCUGUGCAGGUCCUCUACGGCCACGACGACGAGGUCACCAGCGUGGCGAUCAGCACCGAGUUGGACAUGGCCGUGUCGGGAUCCAAGGACGGAACGAUCAUCGUGCACACCGUUCGGCGGGGGCAGUUCAUGAGGUGUAUAAAGCCCCCGUGUGAAAGUACGUUGCCCCUGACCGUGUCGCACCUCGCGGUGGGAUUCGAAGGACAGAUCAUCUUCCAGAGCAUAAUCGAAGGAAGGACUUCUCUCAAGGAUAAGUUCGCUCUGCACCUGUUCUCGGUGAACGGCAAACACCUGUCCUCGGUGGCUCUGGACGAGCAGGUGACGGCGAUGUGCGUGACGCAGGACUUCGUGGUUCUGGGUACGAUGCAGUGUUCCCUGCAGAUCCGAGACCUCCAGAGUUUGGCCCCCGCCGUCCCCCCGUUACCCAUGAAGGUCCCCGUGCACUGCGUGUCCGUGACCAAGGAGAACAGCCACGUGUUGGUGGGCUUGGAAGACGGGAAGCUGAUUGUGGUGGGCGCCGGACAACCGCUGGAGGUGAAGACCGGCCAGUUCAAGCGCAAGCUCUGGGGCUCCACCAGGCGGAUCUCGCAGGUGUCGUCCGGGGAGACGGAAUACAAAGCCGGGGAGACCAAGUGACGUCCCCCGUAUCGGCGACAUGAUUGUAGAGACCCCGGGGGGGCACGAUGGCGGCCCCUUCAUCAAAAACCACUAAGAGGAGGAAAAAGCGCUGACCGUGUCCUCGAGACCCAACCGCUGCCCUCCCUUCCCCCUCCUAUAGACGAUGAAUUGGAUCCAUGCGGGGCGCGGGGACCGUAAGCGCAGCGACGCGACACUCCAUGCACCUUGACCCCGGAGAGCUGACUCUUCUGCCGGCCCUGCGGACGGACGCUCGAGGUUUCGCCUUAACCAAGAAGAGACGUUUUCUUCUUCCUUCCGCACUCGCGAGAGACGUUACCGGCCGCCAGCGACCAGCCCCGUUCUGUGCCCGGCCAGAGAUGGGGGGUUUCUGCUCUAAUUUGCCCAACCCCCCCCACCAGGUGACUAUAGAAAUGGCGGAGAUUGGGGGGCUUAAAGAAAUGCUGCUGGGUAACGAGCCGCCCGCCGCGUCCUCCUCUGCCGCUUCGACGACGAAAAAAGAAGAAAACAUUGAAAAAAAAAUGACUAUUUUAUGUCUUUUUGUAGUUUUAUUACUGAAAAUCUGGAACAGACCAAUACAAGGGGGGGCACUUUUACUACUUGCACUUAACCCCUUCAUUCCUGGGAGAGUCCCACAGACUUAUCUUGAAGAGCAGUGCCGGCCACUGAGAUGCAACCCGCCGGCCGGCCCA